CACACUGGGAGCCUACAACCAUGCUGGGGGCCGUGUGUCUCGCCAUCCUGCUGGGCUAUGCCUAUGGAUGUGGGCAGCCAGCGGUGCCACCGCUGUUAGGCGCUCGCGUGGUGGGCGGUGAGGACGCCCGUGCUCACAGCUGGCCAUGGCAGAUCUCACUGCAGUACAGCCGCGAUGGUGCCUGGAGGCACACCUGUGGAGGAACCCUCAUUUCCCCCAGCUGGGUGCUGACGGCCGCACACUGCAUCAGCUCCUCCCUGACGUACCGCGUGGUGCUGGGCGAGCACAACCUGGCAGUGGAGGACGACGGCGCGGUGGUGGCUGAGGUGGAGAAGAUCGUUGUGCACGAGAAGUGGAACUCCUUCCUCAUCGUCAAUGACAUUGCUUUGAUCAAGUUGACGGAACCAGUGCAGGAGAGUGACACCAUCCAGGCUGCCUGCCUGCCGCCCAGCGGGCUGGAGCUGGAGAAUGACUACCCUUGCGAGAUCACUGGCUGGGGACGCCUCUGGACCAACGGGCCGCUGGCGGAGGUCCUGCAGCAGGCCCUGCUGCCCGUGGUGGACUACGCAACGUGCUCACAGAGCGACUGGUGGGGCGGCCUGGUGAGGACCUCCAUGGUCUGCGCUGGUGGUGACGGUGUCGUCUCAGGAUGCAACGGGGAUUCGGGUGGUCCCCUGAGCUGCCAACGCAAUGGCCUCUGGGAGGUGCACGGCAUCGUCAGCUUCGGCUCCUCCUGGGGCUGCAACACAGCCAAGAAACCAACAGUCUUCACGCGGGUGUCCGCCUACAUCGAUUGGAUCAACGAGAAAAUCAGUGAGAACUGAGGAUGCGCAGCGUGGGUCACACAUCAUGGUGUGCAAUAAAGGGAAACAACCAGC